AUGAAAGAAGAAGAUAUUUUCCUCGGGAUCUUUGCGUAUAUUGAGCAUCUAUUCUCCAAGAUCCGGCCGCGCAAAGUGUUUUUCCUUGCGAUCGACGGUGUUGCUCCGCGCGCCAAGAUGAAUCAGCAGCGUUCCCGUCGGUUCCGCACUGCACAAGAAGCAAAGGAAAAUGUUGAAAAGGCGAUCCGACGCGGCGAAGAACUGCCGGAGUCGCCGCCUUUUGAUUCCAACUGCAUUACUCCAGGCACAUCCUUCAUGCGCAAACUGUCACAACAACUCGAGUACUUUGUGGCGAAAAAAGUGUCCGAAGACUCGGAUUGGCGCGGCGUGGAAGUCAUCUUGUCGGGACAUGAGGCUUGUGGUGAGGGCGAGCACAAAAUCAUGGAAUUUAUUCGUACCAUAAAGGCACAGCCGGGCUAUAACCCGAACACGCGCCACUGCCUAUAUGGUCUUGAUGCCGAUCUCAUUAUGCUCGGCUUGUUGAGCCACGAUCCGCAUUUUGCUCUACUGCGUGAGCAAGUCACGUUUGGGCCGCGACGUGCGCGCAGGUCCGUUGGCGUCGAGUCACAGACGUUUUAUUUGCUACACAUAUCGCUUCUACGCGAAUACUUGGAGUUGGAAUUCGCCUCGCUACGGGACAAGCUGCCGUUUGCUUUUGAUUUGGAAAAGAUCAUUGAUGACUACAUCCUGCUACACCUAUUUGUUGGCAACGAUUUCCUCCCGCAUCUACCUGGACUGCAGAUCAAUGACGGAGCGAUUGAGCUUUUGUUUCGUGUAUAUGAGAAAGUGUUGCCCCAAGCGGGAGGCUACCUGAACGAGCAAGGCGUCUUGCGCCCAGAGCGGCUGCAACUUGUGAUCAAUCAGCUUUUCCAACUGGAACGAGAUCGUUUCGUACACCAACACAUGCCACAGCUAGAACAAAAAACAAAAGCGAGAAGGACGAGGGAGCUCAAGAAUUACAGGGUCGGUGCACCCAAGUACAUCCGGCGCGCACACCAUAACUUUGUAUUGAAUGUAAAAUCACUUCUGGUCGAUUUCUUCGCAGAUCCAAAGAAUGCACCCUGGGAGUUCAUGGUGGUGGUUCGUCCUGAAUCUGACCUGGUGCAGUUCGCUCAGGAGCUGGCCGAGAAGCUAGACAUGGUGUUUUACUUUGAGAAGGACGAGUCGUACGAGUCACCCACGGACGAUGCUGAAUGCUAUAUGUCACUCAAGCCCUCAAUGAUCAGGCAGGUACGCAUUCCUAUCCCGGAUAGCAUAGAUGCACUGGAAGAGAAGAAAAAAGGCAUGCUGGCGACGCUCGAGUCGCAUCUUUCCUUGCCCAUCGAAAGAAAGCGACAUGACCCCUUCGCUUCAAGCCGUAACCAGACCCUGUCGGAGGAGGAGAGCGAACGGGAGGAACAGAUAGCUGAAGAGCGCGAACGUGAGAAGGAGAUUGACGACGCAUUGAAGGAGUGGAAGGCUGACUACUACCACACGAAAAUGGGUAUCAAGUACAAUGAUCCUGAUGCCAUCCAGGAUAUUGUGUAUAACUACAUUGAGGGCAUGCAAUGGGUCUUGUACUAUUACUACGAGGGCAAUGCAUCGUGGGGCUGGUUCUAUCGCUACCACUAUGCGCCACAGGUAUCGGAUCUAAAGAACAUAUCGGACUUUACAUUCCAAUUCAACAAGGGUCGGCCAUUUUUGCCGUUUGAGCAGCUAAUGGGCGUACUGCCGCCGCUCAGCAAAGAUUUGAUUCCGCCGGCCUUCCAGCCGCUGAUGACGGAUCCGUCGUCGCCGAUCCUUGACUUUUAUCCGACCAAGUACGAAAGCGAUAUGAACGGCAAGAAAAACAGCUGGGAAGCCGUCGUGAAAAUUCCCUUCAUCGACGAGGAGCGUCUGCUUCACGCGCUGCAGCUCCGUGAGGGCGGCCUUACCGCAGAGGAGCGCCAGCGCAACACGCUUGGCGUGCCACUUAGGUUCUGUUAUGACAACACAUUUACACGCCAUGUGCCUUCAAGCCUGCCUGGUUUCCUGCCAGACAUGCCCGACAAUCAUACGCGCAUCCUCACCUAUGCUCUGCCGUCCAUGGAGGGCAAGUCGUUCGUCAAAACGCUGCCGGAAGGCGUCCACCUUGGCUUAGACGCGAUGCCAGGCUUCCCGAGCAUCAAGACACUCCCCCACACACACACGCUUCGAAAAUAUGGCGUCAAUGUACAUGGUAAUGCAUCGAAUGACGCAUCAAUGAUGCUAUCCGUGGGGCGUCGCGACGACCAGCCAGACGACCUAAGAUCGCUCGCGGAUGCCAUGAUCGGUCACACAACAUACAUCCACUGGCCGUACCUGUUUGAGGGCCUCGUCGUGGCUGUGAGCGAUGGCUCGCAAGAGUUCCGCGCUCACUGGCAGGAUGCUGACGUCGUAACCCGCACGACACCCGCGGCAGACAUGAAGACGUCGUUCUCCAAACAUGUGCAGUCCGUUCUCCAGUACUACGGCAAGCGUUGUGGCGUGUUGCUGCACGACGUUACGGCGCUGCUGCAUGUGCGUCCUCUGAAGGGUCUGAGCCACGGGUACGACGGCUCUAUCAUGAAGCAGUACGAGCCAUCUCCGGAGCAUGAGGUCGUGUAUCCGCUGCCCCUCAUGGUCAACCAGGUGCGCCGUCCUGAUUCACGGUUCCUGGAGCGUGCGCCUAUGACUGUCAGUGAAGAGUUUCCUGACGGCACGAAAGUGUUUUUCCUGGGUAUGCCUGGUUUCGGCUGCCCUGCCCGUGUGAUUGGCUCUGCGUCCGAGCUUAUCACGGUCGAGCUUGCAUUCCUGAGCGACAUGGCGCAGGAGCAAGCGAUCAUCCGCAAGCUCGUGCAGCAACGUGCGACAGACACAUACUUUAGUUCGCCUGCGAUCGCUCAGCAACUGCACAUGUCGUCGCUAGCACUCGCGAAGCUGACAAGCAGCAUUACCGUUCUAUUCAAAGAGCAGAAGCUGAACAUUGGCCUGAACCUCAAGUUCGAGGCCAAGAGCCGCAAGGUGCUUGGCUACUCGCGCCGCACGCACCUCGGCUGGGAAUUCAGUGCGCGAGCCGUGCUUUUAAUCAAGGAUGUGCUAGACCAAUUCCCCGAGCUCAAGUCUGCCCUAGCGAGGCGCCUUGGCGACGGUGAGUUUUACAAGGCUGAGGAUGUCUUCCCCCGCGAUACAGACAAACGCAUCGCGGCUGUGCGUGCGUGGCAGAAAGAGCACGGUUUACGUGAUCUCGAAGAUGUGCCACUCUAUGUGGACCGCCUAGAGCGCCCCAUCAUUUCGACGCUUGAGUCGGCUGUGUCGAUCCUGGCGAACCGCCGACUAGAAAGCAGUGGUGCGAUCAAACGGCAGAUUCUACGCGGACUCCCUCGUGGCGCAUUGCUGAAGCCAGAGCAGGCCCGCUACCGUGUGCCAGAGCAGACGUUUGAGCUCGGCGACCGUGUGAUCAAUGUGCUCGACUUCGGCUCCAUUCCCCUUGCGGCCAAGGGCACCGUCGUCGGCAUCGGCGCCAAGAGCAUCGAUGUUGUGUUUGAUGCGCCGUUCCUCACAGGCCACUCCCUCGGUGGCAUCUGCUCGCCGUACCGUGGUGCGACGCUUGGUCUCGCGUCUGUUCUGAACCUCAGCACACCCCAGAUUGCAACACGCUGGGGCGAGCAGAACGAAGGCCAGGCUGAUCUUACGCCUUUGCAGCGCACACUCAAAGCACAGAUCCACCAGCAGAUGACGUCGCCAGCUCCCUCGAAAGGCUCCUUGUUCUACCAGCCUGCUCCGCCACACGCCCAGUCGAAGCCAACGGCUUCUGGGCAUGUGUCCCGAGCAUCGCGGUCGCGCGCUGGCAUUGGGGCCUCCUCUGCGACAACGACAACGACUUUGUCGUCGAAACAAGGGGUUUCUGCUGCAACGUCGCAUCUUGCGAGUCUCUCCAUCAGACCACCAGCUCCUGCCUCGAAUCCAUGGCAACGACCACCGCCAAGACCUGCCGUUCCUCGGCCUCAUGCUCCUGAUGCGGCGCCAUCGACGAAAAACGGCACUCGAACUACACCUGGGCAGACGGCUCGUCCUGCGACGAGGGGUCCCUCUGUUCGACCUCCUGCUGGUCCUAGGCCUCCUCGCCCACAUGCGCCGAGGCCCCCCAAGGCAGGCAGUGGCCCUAAAGGUUCGUCUGGCACGUCAAAUCAGCCUGGGCAGCCGGUGCCGCGACCACCAAAACCCCAAAACAAAGGUCCCUCGCAGCGACCACGCAGAGGACCCAAGGGGGCAGCUCGCAAGCCUCCGAACGCUGGACCCUAA